UUAGCGCACAGAAAGCUUGUUUAUUCGCUCGAAGCCAGUCUGGUGUUGGAUUGAUAAGUGCAGUUUCCAGUUGUUGCACUGGACGUAUUAUUCAAUUAUAUUGUUUCGCUUCCGAUAAUACUGGAUUCAGCUUAUUAUUGUGCGAUUCAGUUUUAAAUUGCUGAAAACAUGAGUGGAGACGACGGCGACGUCGACUUGUCUGAGAAGAUGAAGUCAAUCAACCUGAAAUCGGACGUCAACAUCCUACUGUUGGGUGAAAGCGGCGUCGGCAAGUCGACUUUCGUGAACGCCAUAGUGAACUACUUGCAUUUUCGCAGCUUCAAAAACGCGGAGAAGAACAACUUGCAAGUCCUAAUACCCGCUGAAUUCUGUAUAACCGACAAAUUCAACAAACCGAAAACCGUUUUGGUCGGCGCCAAAAACGACAAAAAUGAGAACCUCAAUUUAGGCGAGUCUGCCACGCAGGACGUGCAGACAUUCGUAUUUCCCAUCUACAAUGGACAUACGAAGGUGCGCUUCAUCGAUACACCAGGUUUGGGCGAUACACGUGGGUUCGAUCAGGACGAUUCCAAUUGCGAAAGCAUCCUGGCCUACCUCGGCAAAUUGCACGAACUACACGCCAUUGCUAUAUUACUCAAAAGCACCAACACUCGGCUUAAUCCCGGGUUCGAGUAUUGCAUUAAUAAAAUACUGUCGCAGUUGGAUAAGUCGGCCGCGAACAACAUCCUGUUCUGCUUUACCAACUGUAGGGGUGCGAAUUACACCGCCGGUGACACUUACGCACUAAUAGAGAAGGUGAUUGCUAAGAUCAAGAACAAUCCACCCCACGUUGUUAUACCGUUUGAUAAGAACAAGUUUUGUUUCGACAACGAAUCCUUUAGGUAUUUGGCAGCCGUAAAGAACAAUGUUCAGUUCGAUGAUGAGGUGCGAAAAUCCAGCAUGCAGAGCUGGUUUAAAUCUUCACAUGAAUGUUGGAACAUGUUAAAGUACAUCGUCGGCGAUGCAAGCACUAAACCCUUAACACCGCACAUGGUCAAAAAUACCGUGAGCAUCAACGAAACGAGAAGAAUGAUCAAUCAACUCUCCCAACCAAUGCUUGAUAUUUCCCAAAACAUCGAGAAUAACAUUCGUAUUCUAGAAAGGCAUAAGGUGAAAAUAUCGGAAACUAACAAGACUGUUGACGAAUUGAAACGAAACCUUUUCAUGCCGGUAAUUAAUCUAGAAACGACAAAAUUGACACAGCCAGUCACAGUUUGUUCCGACAAGAAAUGCGUGGAGAUUAUAAAGAUUGAAGGAAUUAAUUCAACCCAUUAUAAAACUCGGUGUCACGAUCCCUGUUAUUUAACCAACGUUCAAAAGGAAAUGGUCGGUGAUCCGGGAUUAAUUCACUGUGCGGCUAUGAACUCACAGAAAAAUUGCAAUAAAUGUACAUGCAGUUUCAUGGUGCAUAUGCACAUAUACUAUAUGACCAAGAAAGUCUCAGGAAUGAUAGAAGAUAAAAACAUACAAAAAAAUAUAAGUAACAGGGAACAAAUUAUAAUGGAGAUCCAAAAGGUUGUGUCAAAUUGUGAAAGCCGCAUCAAGAAGCUCAACGAAGAACACCAGAAGAUAUUGCAGGCGGCUGCUAUGUUUGCACAUUUUCUUCAAAAGAAUGCCAUAACUCCGUUUAACGAUGCAUAUGCCAAUUACAUAAAUUACCUCAUCAAAAGGGAGGAAUCUUUGGGUCCUGCGGCCGAUCAACAGUGCAUCAAUCACUUGAUUAACGUAAGAAAUAAAUAUGAUGAAAUAAAGAAGGCUUUCGACAAUGCUCUUGCUUGUAACAUAAACUCCCCUCUUACUCCGAAGCAAGUGAAAGAUAAAAUCGAGGAGCUGUUUAAACUCGAGAUCAAUGGCGAUAUGAUAAAGAACCUUUACAAGUGCCAGAAUAACGCACGAAAGAAGGAACAUGAAUUUACGGAAUAUACACAUAAAAUGCCACCUCAUAAAUCAACACCGCCUAAUAAAAAUGCAUCUUCAAUGCAAAAUAAACAAAAGGUCAACAAAAAACCGAACGUGAAAAAGCAACAAGAUGAUUCGAAACCACCGAGCUAUAGUGACUUGUAUGCCCACCACUCUUCGGAUCGUGCAACAUCAUUGCCUCCUGAUCAAAGUUAUGGUCCACCUCCAAGUGGUUACCCUCCGUAUCAGAACAAUUAUCCUCCGACUAAUUACCGACCAAACGAUUAUCCUCCACCACACAGUCCAUAUCCAUAUGACCAUUAUCGUGGUGAAUUUUAUCCCCCUCCAGGCCAUCAUCGCUCAUAUCAUGAUGAGCAUCGCUCUUAUAGAGAUGAUUACCGAGACCAUCAUGAAGAUGGCAGAAAGUCCUUGUCAUCCGCUUCUAAUGGAGGAAUUAACGUGAAGUUAGUGAUUGAUAGGGACAGACCACCUUACAGGGAUGAAGAUCGUCAUUAUGCCUAUCAACGGCGUCCCUCUUAUCCAGAACAUUCACCAUAUGAUGAUCGCAGAUACCCACAACCACCAUAUCCUCCUCCGCAACCAGCGUAUGGUCCCCCACCACCACAUUAUGGGCCGCCGACACAUCAUGCUCCGUUGCCAUAUUACCCUCGUCCACCACCACAUCACGCUGCUCCACAACUACAAAACUUCGGACAACGCAAUCCACACCCGAUGGCAGGUCCACCGCCGAAACGUGAUUAUUCAUCCUAUGUGGGCAAACCGAAUCAGAACAGAGGCGGCCAAAAUUCCAGGGGCGCUCAGAAUGCUAGGGGUGCAAGAGGUCAUGGGAACUUCAAAAGGAAUGUAAAUCGAAAGGGGGCGGGUCCCCGCCGCACCGACGACGACUCCGAUGAUUCGGACACCUCGGUCAUGUCACGCAAGAGUAAAAAGUAUGGAUACGACGGCGACAUCGACUUGUCUGAGAAGAUGAAUUCGAUGAACCUGAAAUCAGACGUCAACAUCCUACUGUUGGGUGAAAGCGGCGUCGGCAAGUCGACUUUCGUGAACGCCAUAGUGAACUACUUGCAUUUUCGCAGCUUCAAAAACGCGGAGAAGAACGACUUGCAAGUCCUAAUACCCACUGAAUUCUGUAUCAUCGACAAAUUCAACAAACCGAAAACCGUUUCGGUCGGCGCUAACAGCGACAAAAACGAAAACCUCAAUUUAGGCGAGUCUGCCACCCAGGACGUGCACACAUACGUAUUUCCCCUCCAUAAUGGGCAAACGAAUGUGCGCCUCAUCGACACACCAGGUCUGGGCGAUACACGUGGGUUCGAUCAAGACGAUUCCAAUUGCGAAAGCAUCCUAGCCUACCUCGGCAAAUUGCACGAGCUACACGCCAUUGCUAUUUUACUCAAAAGCACCAACACUCGGCUUAACCCCGGGUUCGAGUAUUGCAUUAAUAAGAUACUGUCGCAGUUGGAUAAGUCGGCUGCGAACAACAUCCUAUUCUGCUUUACUAACUGUAGGGGGUCAAAUUAUACUCCCGGUGAUACUUACGCAUUAAUGGAGAAGGUGAUUGCUAAGAUCAAGAACAAUCCACCCCACGUUGUUAUACCGUUUGAUAAGAACAAGUUUUGUUUCGACAACGAAUCCUUUAGGUAUUUGGCAGCCGUAAAGAACAAUGUUCAGUUCGAUGAUGAGGUGCGAAAAUCCAGCAUGCAGAGCUGGUUAAAAUCUUCACAAGAAUGUUGGAACAUGUUAAAGUACAUCGUCGGCGAUGCAAACACUAAACCCUUAAAACCGCACAUGGUCAAAAAUACCGUGAGCAUCAACGAAACGAGAAGAAUAAUCAAUCAACUCUCUCAACCAAUGCUCGAUAUUUCCGAAAACAUCGAUAAUAACAUUCGUAUUCUAGAAAGGCAUAAGAUGAAAAUAUCGGAAACUAACAAAACUGUUAACGAAUUGAAACGAAACCUUUUCAUACCGGUAAUUAAUCUAGAAACGAUAAAAUUGAUACAGCCAGUCACAGUUUGCUCCGACAAGAAAUGCGUGGAGAUUAUAAAGAUUGAAGGUUUUAAUUCAAUCCAUUAUAAAUCUCGUUGCCACGAUCCCUGUUAUUUAACCAACGUUGCAAAAGAGAUGGUUGGUGAUGCGGGAUUAGUUGACUGUGCUGCUAUGAACUCCCAGAAAAUUUGCAAUAAAUGUAAAUGCAGUUUUAUGGUGCAUAUGCACAUAUACUAUAUGACCAAGAAGGUCUCAGGAAUGAUAGAAGAUAAAAACAUACAAAAAAAUAUAAGCAACAGGCAACAAAUUCUUAUGGAGAUCCUAAAGAUUGUGUCAAAUUGUGAGAACCGCAUUAAGAAGCUCUACGUAGAACACCAGAAGAUAUUGCAUGCUGCUGCUAUGUUUGCACAUUUUCUUCACAAGAAUGCCAUAACUCCGUUUAACGAUGCAUAUGCCAAUUACAUAAAUUACCUCAUCAAAAGGGAGGAAUCCUUGGGUCCUGCAGCAGAUCAACAGUGCAUCAAUCACUUGAUUUACUUAAGAAAUAAAUACGAUGAAAUGAAGAAGGCUUUCGACAACGCUCUAGCUUGUAACAUAAGUUCCCCCCUUACUCCGAAGCAGGUGAAAGAUAAGAUCGAGGAGUUGUUUAAACUCGAGAUCAAUGGCGAUAUGAUAAAGAACCUUUACAAGUGCCAGAAUAACGCACGAAAGAAGGAACAUGAAUUUACGGAAUAUACACAUAAAAUGCCACCUCAUAAAUCAACACCGCCUAAUAAAAAUGCAUUUUCAAUGCAAAAUAAACAAAAGGUCAACAAAAAACCGAACGUGAAAAAGGAACAAGAUUAUUCGAAACCCGCGAGCUGUAGAGAUCUGCAUGCCCGCGACUCUUCGGAUCGUGCAACAUCAUUGCCUCCUGAUCAAAGUUAUGGUCCACCUCCAAGUGGUUACUCUCCUUAUCAGAAAAAUUAUCCUGCAUAUCCGACUAACUACCGACAAAAUAAUUAUCCUCUUCUUACAGAUCAUCGUUCACACCAUGAAGACCAUCGCCCUUAUAGAGAUGAUUACCGAGACCAUCAUGAAGAUGGCAGGAAGUCCUUGUCAUCCGCUUCUAAUGGGGGAAUUAACGUGAAGUUAGUGAGGGACAGACCACCUUACAGGAAUGAAGAUCAUCAUUAUGCCUAUCAACGGCGUCCCUCUUAUCCAGAACAUCCACCAUAUGAUGAUCGCAGAUACCCAUCAUCACCAUAUCCUCCAUAUUACCCUCCUCCACCACCAUCACAUCACGCUGCUUCACAUCCCUUCAACCUUCCACAACCACGAAUCUUCAGACAACGCAAUCCGCAGCCGGCGAAAGGCCCAUCGUCGAAACGUGAUUAUUCAUCCUAUGCGGGCAAACCGAAUCAGAACAGAGGCGGCCAAAAUUUCGGGGCCUGGAGACCACGGAGUCGAGAGAACUUCAAGAGGAAUGUAAAUCGAAAGGGGGCGGGUCCCCACAGCACCGACAACGACUCCGACGAUUCGGACACCUCGGAGUAA